UGUCUCAGGACCCACCACAAAAGAAUUGGCAGGAAGCGUGAGGUCCGACUGGAGCUGCUGUUAGGGGCUAGCAGAGACAAGUGAUCAGCAUGGCACUAAACGGAGAUGACGACUACGACUGGGAGCCGCCGACGGAGGCCGAGAUGAAGGUGCUCGAGGCGCAGCGCGAACGGCAGGACAAGAUCAGCAAGUUGAUGGGCGGCUAUCUGCUCAAGGGCUACAAGAUGCUGAGCGACUGCUGUCAGCAGUGCGCGACAAUUCUCCUGGAGGACCGACAGAAAAACCUCUACUGCGUGGCCUGCCAGGAACUGGACUCAGACGUGGAUAAAGACAACCCAGCCCUGAACGCACAGGCGGCCCUCUCCCAGGUGCGUGAGCGUCAGUUGGCGAGCCAGCCGUGUCUGCAGUCCAACGGCGAAGCAGACCCCUGCCCCUCCAGCGGCACCGCGCGGCCCAUCCGCACGCUGCCCAGACCGGAGCACUGCGAGGGGGCUGCGUCCGGACUCAGAGUCCCAGCGGGAGCCACCGCCGGCUGGCCAUCCACCACCACCACCCCCCCUGCCCCUGCCCCUGCCCCUGCCCUCGCCCCUGCCCUUCCCCCCACCCCGCGGCCCAGUGCUGUGCCCCUGGACCCGGCCGCGGUGUCCCCGGGCGGGGUGGCUCCAGGUCGCCCCCUAGUGGCCCCCCAGGCGGCGGCGGAGCUGCAACAAGCGCUGGGGGAGGCGGAGCAAGCCCUGCUGGGGAAGCUGCAGUGGGCGUCCAGCCUGCUGGACCAGACGCCCUCCGUGGAGGCCAGUGUGCAGCUCUGCCAGCUCAUCCAGAGCUGCGCCACCUCGCUACGCAGCAUCAAGGACCUACAGAGAGACUGAGGCACGCCCACACACACACACACACACACACAUACACACACACGGAUAUAUAUAUAUACACCACACACAUACAUGUGUUCGCAAGCACAUAUUCACUCUCCCACUUACAUAUAUACACAUGCAGACAUUAGAACACACUCCUCCCAUACUUACCACCCCCUACACACACACACACACACACACACACACACACACACACACACACAUACAUGCUGGUGGGAGUGAGCUCCCAUCUUGGAGACUGUUAUUGAGAUGGUUAACACACAAGCAGCAUGUGUUUGCAGCGUGUGUUCGCAUGUCGUUUAAGUCCAUGUUAUAACUGUGUAAUGACAUUAUAAGACAAGCAUUGGGAAGGUUGUCAUACUCAAUAAAAACCAUUACUGAA